AUUAUUGCUGCAAAGUGUUCAAAAUCACAAGAUAAAAACUCAAAUCCUCACACUGAUAGAAAUGACUAAAUGGUGUUUAAGUUGAUCACAAUCCUUCAUUUUCAGUUAACAUAAUAUUUAACUGUUUAACCUUCAGUGUUUACCUGAAAUUUCUUCUUAUGAAGCUUUUUAGUCGAACUGAAUAUUAUUCUCCAUCACUCAGAUACAAUAUAUGUCUUGCACUUUGCAUAUAUUGCACUAUGCCUUUUUCAUGACUGGAGACUUUAAUGAUUAACCUGAAUUUAAAAUACAGUUUGUUGUGUUUUUAUGAGCUCAACAUGCUGUUAUAAUAAUGACCUGUCAGUGGGUUCAUAUGAAGGCUCUCUGUCAUGUUGGAGGUUAAAAAGAGAAGUAACACUGAGAACCACUUCCUUUUCCCCUCUCUGUCUAUAAAAAGAUGAAUAGAAACGAUGCUCUGCUUGGUCAAGGUUCCCACACCUUCUCCUCUGAAGCCGAUCACAUACAGGACUGUAUUUCAGGCUGUUCAGUGUAGGAUGUUCAUGUUUUCUAUUCAAUAAAGUAGAGAAGUUUGUCUGAAAGCUGCUGACUGGGUCAACAGAGGCUGAACAGUGAGGAGACAUGGAAGCUGUGGUUGGACUGUUGGUGAUGCUGCUCGGAGUCUCUCAUGGUGUUGAAACCUACUGUGAUGGCAGACAGGAUGGAGCUCAGUGUUAUGGAGCUCUGGGAGGAACUGUGGUGCUCCAGCUGAUGGACAACGCCUCAGAAAUAUUUAGAUACCAAUGGAAUAAAAACAAAACAACAAUAAUACUUCAAGGGAGAAAGGAUAAGAUUGUGUAUAAUAUGAUGACGGACAGAUCCGUUUUUACUCCCAGUAAUGGAACAUUUAGGAUAAAUAACCUGAUCAGGACUGAUGGUGCUGAAUAUACCCUUCACAUCUUUGAUUCAAAUGGACGUGAAUCAGGACAGCAGACUCUUCAGUUGUCUAUUCAAGCUCCUGUGUCCUCUGUCCGGCUGGACUCUGAGUGUCUGUCCCAGGGAGAGAUGAGGGUGUCCUGCUCCUCUGAGGGAGCGGACAGUCCUCAGUACAGCUGGACUCUGGAUGGACACACACUGACAGACACUCAGCUCCUCUCUGGAAAUAAUGAGACCAACAACAUCACUCUGAAACAAGACGUCUCAGGACGACUGGUCUGCUCUGUCAGGAAUCACAUCAGUAAUGUCUCGAAAGAAGAGAAGAUAUCUACCUGUGGCUUCAUAUUCAUCAACUGCACCUUACCCGAUGGGACAAACAUAUCACAGUGGGUGUUUUCAGCCAAUAACACCCUGUGUAUUGAUCCAACAACAACCCCUACCAUGAUCACAGACAAACCGGCCUCCUCUGUGGGUAAGGAGACUGGCAUCACAGUGUCAAUUAAACCCUCAAAUCAAACUGUGACCAACUCAAGCGAUGAUGACCCAUGGUCAUUUGCCAGUAAUAGCUGGUGUCCUCUCAGCACUGGUAAUUCUGUUAAUGGUCGGGAUGGCAGUCGUCUGUCGUCAAAGGAAAAAGCAAAACAACAAACCUAA